AUGUUGUCAAAUACAAACAAGAAUUAAAUUAGAAGAGUAGAUGAUAUUGAGAAAUAACUCUAAGAUUCUACUGCUUUGCUCAAUGAAUAUAAUUCAAUUAAAGAAAUUUACAAUUAAUUCAUCAAUCUGAAAACUUAGUUGAAUUAGGAAACCUUCAAAAGAGUUAUUGAGAAAUUUUAGGAAUUUCAAUCUAAAUAAUAUUGUACAUUACGAUUGCACCUUUAAUUUAAAUCUAUAAAAGCUUUAAUGUAAUUCAAUUCACUUUAGAAAUUAGUUAAAUCAAUUUAAUAACAUUAGAGAUUAAAUAAUAACCACCAAACAAUAAAUAAAGCUGAAAUAAAUUAGUUUAAAUAAUCAAACGAUAUGAAUAAGUUACAAAAGAUAGCACUCUUAGCCAUUAAACCUUUGAAAAUUAAUAAAAUUUUUGUCUGUAAUUUUCUUGUUGAAUAAACCUGUGAAUUAAUUGGUUUCUACCAACGUUUACUCUACAAGAAUAAAGAUAUUGAUUAUCAAUAGCAACAACUAAAAAGCAUCUAUAUGAUUCAUUUCGCUUAUGACCUAACCAUAAGAGCAAAUGAAUUUUAAACUAUAAUCAAUCACUAUGCAUUCGAGAAACCCAUUCCUUAUAGUUAUUACAUUAAAUUAUCUGAAUAGUUCAGAUUGAUAUCAGGAAAAGUAUUCACAAUUAGUUUAACAAAAUUGUAUACACAACCUUAUAAUGUUUCUUUUUUUCAAACUGACUAAUAAUUAUCAAUUCUUGAAAUUAUGAUUUCCAAAAUUUAGCCAAUAUUUACUUUCUAAAGAAAUCAAAGAAAUUGA